AUGACCCUUCUGCUGAGAGCAAUGACUUCCACCACUGUGAAUGGCGGCGCAGCACCAGUUUUACGCUGGCUGGGUAGUUUACCCAAAGGAAAGCAGGCAGACACGUCAUCUCAUCCUCCUUCUCCGAGCCUCGUUUCCCUCAAUGAAGCUCUUCAUGAACCACUUGACCUUCCCAAACCUCCUCCUCGAACACACCACUUUGGCUCAAGAAAUCUUUCUCGAUACCCUCCGUACAUCGACAAUUUAACUCGUUCUACCCUUCCCACCGCUUCAUUAACCGCGACAUAUCAAUCUUCUUCAAGACCUCCUUCUCCUUCUUUACCUGCAUCGUUACAUUCCUCUAUCCAACCUACACAUUCAGCUCCGACUCGAAGCUCACUUGACACCCUUCUUUCUGUCUCCAGACGGGACGGCUCUAUCCGCACUCGUUCGAGUCAUAUCAGGUCAUCGUCAACUUCAACAGCAUCGAUAUCCUCUGACAAUGAACAAUCCAAGUCCAAUGUCAGUUGGUGGUGGUUUCAGUCAGGAAAUAAGGCCAACGUCGAUGAUCUUCUGGAUGAAUCAGAUAGGGCAGGCACAGUUCAAGAGGAACAAGCCCACAUAAAGAAACAUUAUCGCUCACCCCGAAAUCCGGUCGUAUUCUGCCAUGGACUGCUCGGCUUUGACUCUGUCACCAUUGGACCAUCUAUUGCACCACUUGAAGUGACACAUUGGAGAGGUAUCAAGGAGGUUCUGGAAGCCAAUGGAGCUGAAGUUCUCAUUACCCGUGUACCUGCGACUAGCAGCCCGGUUGAAAGAGCGAAAGUUCUCGAAGCCAGGAUAUCGGAAGUUUAUCCAGGACGCAGUGUCCAUCUAAUCGGCCACAGUAUGGGAGGCCUUGACUGCCGUUACCUCACAACUCACUUUACACAACGCAAAUUCCAAGUGCUUUCGGUGACUACCAUUGCUACACCCCACCGAGGUUCCUCUUUCGCCGACCACUUCCUGUCUACGUUAGGCAAGGAACGCAUGUCAUCUUUUGUUCAGUUGCUUGAUCUCUUACCGAACGGCGGGGGCGAUGGAACAGCUUUUAAAUGUUUAACCGUUGAAAGUAUGCACAAGUUCAAUGAAGAGGUUCCGGACGUGGAGGGAGUCAAAUACUUUAGUUGGGGAGCCAUUUACGAGCCUGGCUUUGUUGAUACAUGGAAAUGGCCGCACUCUGUGAUUCUCGAAAAAGAAGGGCCUAACGAUGGACUGGUUUCGGUCGAGUCUGCUAAAUGGGGUACAUAUCUUGGCACACUGGAAGGUGUCAACCAUCUUGACCUCGUUGGAUGGAUAAACACGGCGCGAUAUAAAUGGGCAGAGCUUACGGGUAGAGAAAUCAAAUUCAGACCGGCGACUUUCUACCUCGGAGUAGCCGAUAUGCUUGCAAAGGCCGUCGAGGGUCAGACUGAAAUAGAGGACGAUGAACCACAGGAUACUAUCAAGGCAGGGAGAGGUGCCGAUGUUCGUCCUCCUACGCCUACAGAUUCACAGUGUACGGCUACCAAACCAAAUACGAACCAUGAAGACACUCGGACUGAUGUAUCUCAUCCAAACUUAGGACCGACCAGGAUGAUGUUCGCGGGUGACGGAGGGAAGAUGAUCAACCAUACCAUGGAGGCCCUUCCUCCUCUACCUAAUGAUCGAAACAAUACACGGCGUUGUUGA